GCACUAGAGACAUACGAUGAUGGAUCAGCGAAACGUGGGGGACCCUUCUUGUGCGCAGGGUGUGGGAACGCAUCCUCCGAGAUCUGCCUCGAGAGGCUAUGAUUACGUAGAUGUGGACCGGAACGCGACGGCCGUGGCCCGUGAUAGCUUUAGAGCAGAGCGCCAGCGCAGAACAGUGAAGCCAGCGCGUUUUUGUUGUAGGUGUUAUUCGGAUCUUCUUUUUCUUUUUCUUUUUUCACUUUAAAGCCGAGUAUUUAUUUUAAUGCCGAUUGCCAGCCCAGAUCAGUGAAGCCAGCGUAUGUGAUCCGAUCGCUGGGAGCAGAUACACGUAGAGUUCGUGUAUUUUGAUUCGUCUCCGAGAGCUCAAACUCACAACUUUGCCAGUCGCUGUGUUGCAACGUAAAUAAAGUCCGACAAGCCAGCAGCCGUACGUGAUCACAUGUGUCGUUUCAACUAGAAAGCACCGCGACGCGGUGACGUUCGCCCCUGGUCGUGCCAAACAUGGCGUGACGUGUCACGUCUAGAUCCCGUUCGCUGUAACCAGUUCGAGCUCCAACUUAUCAGUGACAGUCGCACUCGCCACCAGCCACAUCGCAAACUCCUGUCAUUCGUGUCGCAUCGUCGCAUGGCGGCGUCGAGUGUAUUCGCAUCGUAUCGUCGCACAGCGUCGUGUAUAAUCGCACUGCUGCUAGCCAGCAGCUGCCACUAUCAAGACUCCGCGGAGGCCGCCGCUCCGCCAAAACCUCCGCCAAGGGUUCCGCCGCCUUUCCGCGCAGGGCGCAGCCCUGGCGGCGGAAGGGGCGCGUCUGUGGGAAACGCCGCGUCGCAGCCCGGCGCGUCAUGGCAGCCUGAGCUGACGCUCCUUGCAAACAACUCGUAUGGCGCGCGUUGCCUGGACGGCAGGGUACUACUUCCGCCCGGGUUGGGGGGAGGGCACUGACUCGUGGCACGUGCAUCUGCCCAUGGGCGGGUGGUGCUUCAAUAUAAGCACCUGCGCUGAUCGCGCUAAGACCUUUCUGGGGUCUUCGCGAGCCGAUUUGCAGCUAAAUAAUCCGUACAGCCAUUUUUAUGCGUCCAACCCUGAAUGCAGUUUUAUGCGUCCAACCCUGAAUGCAGUUUUAUGCAGGCGUCAUGAGGGCGUUGUGGGGCUACCAGGGCGUACUGAGCAACAAGGAGAGCCGGAACCCGCGCUUCUUCGACUGGAAUGUGGUGGUGCCCAUCUACUGCGACGGAGGGGGGUUCUCGGGGAGACGCGGGCCGGUGAGGACGAAUCGCAAUGCUACCAUCUAUUUGGAGGGUUGGAAGAUAAUGAAGGCCGUGCUGAAAGACCUCCUCACCAACCGCCCUCUCUACUCAGCCCGCUCGCUACUGCUGUCCGGAGCGUCAGCGGGCGGGCAGGCAGUGGCCACGUUCUGCGGCCUGCUGGCGAACUCUGUAGCCGAUCGCUCUGCUGUCAAGUGCUUGCUUGACUCCGCCUUCUUCACUGACUCUCCGGACCGAGAUGGUUUUCCCUACUUUCAGCGCGCGGUGCAGCAAAUGGCUGAGCUUCACCGGUCUGUUGGCAACCCCCAAUGCGCAAAGGCCCAACCCCCCGACAAGAAGUGGCGGUGUUUCUUCCCUCAGUACGCGCUCGCCUUCCUCUCGCGCCGCCCGGUCUUCAUCGUGCAACCGCUCUUUGACUACCGCGCCCUCGUGCGCGGUAACCAGCUCCCAGAAGAUUACAAUUACGCUAUUGACUGCCUGCGUUCGCUCCUCUCCCUGCCUGUCCUCUCAUCCGGAAAGAGAAUUUUGAUUCCCUCCUCCAACCCCCGCCAAGGCUUCACCUUGGCAACAGCUUAUGGGCAAGAGGACAAGGAAGGCUUGUUACGGAGAUGGAAGCAGAUUGAGGAAGAUGGGUACACUCCAUACCCCAUAUGGGUAGCAGAUUCGCCCAAGGCACCUGUACUGGCAGUGGAAAUUCAGGAAACGGAAGUCCAAGUGACAGGGACAACGGGGGCGGUGCGAGGAGGGACAAGAGAAGCAGCUGGGCCGACCACAUACUGCAAGCAGGACGAGCUAGUGGCUAUACUGAUGGUGGCAAAUAAUGUAGCAAGGUUCACGAAGAUGCUUCGACGGAAAAAAUUGGGGGCGUUCUUGCCUUUGGAAUAUAAGCAUGCGGUGAUCACAUCCGAACUAUGGACGGAAAGUGUAGUAAAUGGGGUCACCAUGAGGGAUGCUGUUGCUUCUUGGUACUUCUCAUAGUGAAUUGGGUAUUGGAAGCUCUU